AUGCCAACAGAACGCAAGGGCCGCUCUCGGCGGUUUGCCGAGUUUGAGGAAAAGAUUGCAAAGGACUUCGACAUUGAAAACGAAGUGCCCGAUAGCGACGGAGAGAGCGGCAGCGAAGAGUCAGCCGACGAGCACGCCGGGACCGAACACUAUAUUGCUGUUGGAAAGAGCAAGCUCCGGCAGAAAGAGACGGUCUCCCUUGGCCCUGAAUAUCGAGGGGCUCGAGUCAGCAGGGCAGCACUAGAAAACAGCAGCGAAGAAGACGAAGGGGAGGAUGAGGAGGAAGGGAGCGAAGACGGCGACAAAGAAUAUGACAACCCAGAGAACGCAGACCUCGAAGCCGACCAGAUCGACGACGACGGGGAAAUCAGCAGCGACAAUGCCCUCUGCGAAAGCGAUGAUGAGCAUCUCAAAGACUUUGUCUUCCGCGGCAGCUCCAAGCCAAAAGACACGAAUGGGCGGAUCAAGAAGAGGCCGACCGCUGCAGAUUUCAUGUCUUCCUCUGGAGAUGAGGAGGAUGCUGAAGAAGAGGGGGAGUCCGAUGCUGACGAAGAUGAUAUAGAAGGGUCAGAGGAUGGCUCAGACAUUGACGGGGACGGCGCGCGCCUUUUUGAUCUUGAGGCUGAGUUGUCCGGAGAGGACGAGGAGGGCGAUGAAGUCGAGAAGGAAAGCGACGAUGAUGGUGAAGUGGACGAGGAUGAAGAAGAUGAGGAUGAGGAGGGCGACGAGGAAGAGGAGGAAGAGGAGGAAAAUGAAGACGACGAAAACGCAGACGCAAACCCUGAUGACGGCGACGACGACCGCGCUCAACUGCGUAAGAUGGCGAUUGAGGGGCAGAAGAGCAUUGUAGCCGCCAUGUCACAGGCUGCUAAAGCAGACGCAGAGAAGGGCGCAGCAGUUCGCAUGCAGCGCCGAGCAUUUGAUGCUAUCCUCAACCUCCGCAUCCGCCUGCAGAAGGCGCUUGUGGCAGCGAAUUCGUUCAGCAUGGUUGACAACAGCCAAGACGCCGGCCCAGAAGCCUACCAAGCAGCCGAGGAGGCGGCGGUCAAACUCUGGAACACCAUCGACAGCGUUCGGCAUACUUUCCUGCCCGAGAGCGCUCGACUCAAGGUUGGAGAGAAGCGGAAACGAGAAAUCGACCUCGACACGCCGAGCCAAACAAUCUGGGAAAGCAUGCAUGCGGUCGAGGAGGUUGCCCAUUCGCACCGACGGAAAGUCUUGGGCAAGUGGUCCGAAAGGGUGAAGAAGAGCAGUGCGGCGCUUUCCACGCGGAAGCUGGUCAACUCGGAGGCCCAGACGCUGGUCUCCGCCCUCGACGAGCAGCUCCUCAACUCAGACCGGCUGGUGAAGCGGGCGCGGACACCCCGUUCCUGCGCGCCAGCUCAAGCGGCCAAGAAAUUGGAGGAGGACCCCAACAUCUACGACGACGCCGACCUUUACCAGCUGCUGCUCAAGGAGCUCGUCGACCAGCGGAGCACCGACACGGGGGCGCCGGGCGAGGCGGUCGCGACGGUGCGGUGGGCGGCGCUCAAGGAGACUAAGACGCGGAAGCAGGUUGACCGGCGAGCCAGCAAGGGGCGGAAGCUACGGUACACGGUGCACGAGAAGCUGCAGAACUUUAUGGCGCCCGAGGACAGGAGGACGUGGGAAGAGCACGCCAUCGACAGGCUGUUUGGGACGUUGUUUGGGCAGAAGAUGGAGCUGAAGGAGGACGACGAGGAGGUGUCGGACGAGGAGAUGGGCGGCGUCAACGUCGAGGAGGCGGGUCUCCGGCUGUUCCGGAGUUGA